GCCCCGAGCAGCCGCCGCCGCCUUCGCCUUUGCCGCCGCCUCCUGCACCACGUUGCCGCCGAGCGGGGCGGGGGUCGCUCCGCUGCAUGCGCCGCCCGCGGCGGGAGGUCGGGCGCUGAGCGGGGCCGGGCUCGGGCUCGGGCUCGUCCCAGUCCCAGCAUGGACAACAAGCCGCUGCUGCAGGACAGGCCCCCCGCCUACAGCCCGGCCGCGCACGACUACGGGCAGAGCAACUACGGGGCCAUCCCCGGCGCGCAGCCCGGCUUCCAGCCGCCGCCGCCCUACCCCUACCCCGCGGCAGGAUAUGGUGUUUCACCAGGGCCACCACAGCAUAACUAUCCCAAUACGUACACCAUCAUUCAGCAGCCUGCUACCACCACCUCUGUUGUAGUAGUUGGAGGCUGUCCUGCCUGCAGAGUUGGUGUACUGGAGGACACCUUCACCUGUCUCGGCGUCCUCUGUGCCAUCGUAUUCUUUCCAAUUGGAAUCCUGUUCUGUCUUGCACUAAGGCAGAGAAGAUGCCCGAAUUGUGGGGCUGCUUUUGGCUAAGGGAUCAAGAUGAAUCUAUUUCUGGAGGCCAGCCUUGUUAGAGUACUCUUUCUAAUGUAAAUGUCAUGUACAAUCACUUUAUUUGAUUAUGCUUCAGACCUGUUUUGUAAAGUGUGAAGAAAUUAGUUUCCUGCAUGUAAUUUAAAAUGUAAUCUUUUAUAAGCAUGUGUAUUGCAAAACAUGAAAACCCACCUUGUUUCCAUGUUAAUGGCACCUUUUGAAACUUAAAUAAAAUAGCUUCUCUUUUUGCAAUCUUCAA